AUGGGUACUCCAUUCGAUGAGGAAACAACACUCUACACGCUUUCGUUUGCGGACGAUCAAAUUGUGAUAGCCCAGGAUGUAGAUGACCUGAACUACAUGACGCGCAAAUUAGUAGAGGAGUAUGCCAAAUGGGGCCUGGAGGUGAACAUCCAAAAGACACAAUAUUUGUGCAUUGGUGGUGGUCGGCAGAGCUCUGAUCCGGACCUGACUUUGUCUAGCUCUCAAUCAAUAAAACAGUCCAAGGCCUACAAAUACCUGGGAUUAAGAAUAUCGGAGGAUGGAUUUCUCGAUGAAUCGAUACGAGAAAGGAAUACCCUCGGCAGGAGGACGAUAUCGAUGCUCAAUGGUGUUUUAUGA